UUUCACUAUGCACUUGUCAAUUGUUAUUGUACUGCAAAGUGAAAAGCGUUUCUGUUCCACAAUAUUCUUUGCGAAUCUCACUUUGCAUUGAGCAUAUUUUGGCAAAGAUUUUACGCUCUUUCCGCUCAGUGCAAAGUCUUUGCACUUUAUUGGCAAAGUCUUUGCACUCUCUUGCAAAGUGAGUAUGCAAAGUGUUCCACAAAGCGUUUUAUCAACUUUGCAUUUCUGUCUCAUCACUUUUCACUUUGCAUUUAGGCUGUUCACGGUAAGGUGGUUAUCGGGUUAUGUGGUUAUUAAAUUAAAAAUAACCUCUAUGCUUCGUGAGCACCCUAUGUUGUAUGGUUAUUUGCUUAUUUUUACACAAACAGCUGUUCAUUGUUUUUCACUUUAGUGAAGGUAUGUGCUUAUUAAAUAAUCCGAAUUUUAAGGGUUCAAAAAUUCUUUGUAUAAAAUUUACAGAUAUCUUGCAUAAUUUGCUGAUUGUAAACAAAAAACAGCUGUUAAUAGCAGAUUUUCCAAUAAGAAAAUCUAAAUGGAAAUGCCAUUCGCUUAGUUUUAUUUAUUUUUUGUGCUGCCAUUUAGUAAAAUUUCAACGACUUUCUAACACUGGAAAUAAGCAAACAACCACAUAAUCUAUAAACAAGUGUUUUGUCAUACCGCAUUUUGUUGUUGUUUACUUAAUCACAUAACCCGAUAACCACCUUAUCGUGAACAGCCUAAUUAUUGCUUUAUAUGUGUUGUUAAAAUGAGCCGCAAAAUACAAAUUGAAAAAAAACUUGCUGUUUUAAAUGUAAUAAAAGAAAAAAAAAGCAUUUUAUUUGCUAGUUUUAAAAACAACAGAGUUAGCAAAUUAGAUAAACAGGCAGCAUGGGAGGAUGUGUUAAAAAAAGCCCAAUCCCUACAACUGGCGUCAGCACAAAAAACAUGGACCUAUGCAAGGGACAGUUUGUUUGGGCUCUGGAAGAGCCGGACAAUGAGUAAAAGGGAUAACGCCCGAAAUACUGGAUCCGGAGGUGGGAAGGACAAAGUAAUGGAUGAAGCUGACUUGGCCAUCCUCGAUAUUCUGGAAUCAGACUCAGCUGUGGUAGAUGGUUUGAAUUUGCCAGAAAGUUAUGGCAACUCAGAAAAUCUACCGUCAGCUGAGAAUGAUUCCAGAAUAUCUAUUUCAGAAGAAACUAUUGCCAAUCCACCUCUAAACCCAAGAAAGAGGAAGCGCUCUACCAAGUUUCCAAGUGAAACUUUGGAUAGAGAGAAAAAAUGCCGGCUGGAGCUCCUUGAGGUUGAGGUUUAUUACCGGAAACUUCAAUGCCUAAAACUGGAGAGGGAGCUCCUACUUCCACCCUCUGCUAUCACACUGGGAAUUGCAACGGCAGAAACAGAAAAUAUAUCGCGUGUGUUAUUUGAGGAGGUUUGA